AUGUCAGACAAAGGUGUAGGAAUCAAAUUUAAAAAACUGAGCGAAAUAUAUUCAGUAACAAUAAAUACAACGGCAGAUUUGUUGGUACUGUCAAAUAAAAUACUGGAGGAUACAGACACAAUAGUGAGAUCACUAAACGACAUAAAAGACGGAGAUGUGCCACUGGAAAACGAUUUCAUAAAAUUGGUGGACAUUUUGAGAAACGAAAAUGAGUCAAAGCCGCUCAAAAUGUCAAAAAAACUGGCAUACCUGGUGAUGUCGGAAUGUAUGACGAGAAACGAAGUGGAAUUCUGGAAAAUCCUGAUAAGUAGAAUGUACCUAAGAGGAAUCAGAGAAAUACUAGUGCAAGCAUUGAUAAAGUACCUGUCAAACACAGUGAAGGAAAACGAAGAGGAGGAGUACAAAGAACUGCGUGUGCUGUUGAACACAGAGGCGACGAGAGGAAUUUGCUGCAAAGUGUUGAAGUACCUGGCGAAGUUCAUGUACAUAGAAAAGGUGGAAAACGAAUACAUAGUGUGCGCAGAUAACCACAAGUACUACAACAUGAUAAGAAGAACAAUAUCAAUAAUGACAUCGUCAAUGGUGCAAGGAACAAACGCAGAAAUCGGAUACACAGUGUUCACACUAUUCCACCCAUACAACCACGCAAACGUGCCGUGCCUUAUCAAGUUCAUGAUGAUCGACGUGUUCGCAGAAGAAGUUAAGAUCAAGCUGCUGCUAUACAUGGCAGUUAUCUACGCAGACGCGAGAAAAACGAGAAUGAUACACGCAACAGUGUUGGCAUACCUAGCAGCAUGCAUGGCAAGAAUACUGCGAUACACAAAAUUGUCGCCCAAACACACGGCACCGAACAUCUCGAGUCUGGUGACAAAGGGAAUAACGGAGAACCUGCAAACAAUGGACCCAAUGAAAAGACUCUCAGCAAUGACAGUAGCAGAAGCAUACUCAGUCUUCCUGGCCAACAACGCGAAUACAGAAGAACCGAUUGUGCUCAACUUUGGAAAAAAUUGGAAAACAGUGACACCAGUAAUGAUGUACCUGGGAGCACAUAAGUCAAGAGUGAUAAUAAACCCGAAUUUCGCAAAAAUUAAAAAAGAGCUGCAGGCACAGCAGCAAAGAGGAAGACCACGGGGAAAUAUUAAUAGUACUAUCUAUCAAGUGGUAAGUGAAAUGGAAAGAAGUAGAUCGAUUGGAGAGAGAGCAUUGUUUGGUGCAGAAAGUCAAGAUGAGGACGAAAGUGUCCGUGAAGAGAGCAUAGAAGAAGGGUCCUCCGAGGGAGAAGAUGAAGAUCAAAGAGUGGAUGAAAGUAAGAGAAUGAGCGAGGACGAAAACGAAGGAGAAGAGGACAUAGAAAGCUACGAAGAAAGCGAUAAUGACUACAGAGGAGAAGAAGGAAUGGAAGAAGAUAUGAGAGAAGAAGAACAAGAACAUGAAGAAGUAGAAGUAGAAGAAGAAGAAGGAACUAAGAGAAAAGGAAGUAAGGAGGGAAAGGCCCAAAGAGAUAACGGAGAAGGAGAAAAUAGAAUAUUUCUAGAUUACAUAUUCAAAGAAGUGCCAUCAAUAGAGGCGAAAACAGUGGAAGGAAGAGUGAAGGAGACAUGGCUGAAGCCACCACAGCACAUAGUACAGUGUUACGAAAGACUGCUGUCGAAACCAGCAAGAGGAGACGUGGACUACGAAAACAUAAACGAACACGAGUUGGAUAGAGUGGAGGAGGAAACUGUGGAAAAUAAGAUACUAAGAGUGAGUCAGACGCUAAUAUGGCUGCCGAGAGUUAUAAGAAAAAAUGAAACAAUACUGGAAAAAUACGCAGUGCCACUGAGCGUCGCUCUGCUGAAGCUGAAGGACCUGGAACUGUACAAGGAAAAACUGGAAGAAAUAGCAAGAGUGCACGGGAGUAAAGUGUCAGAACCGGAGAGGGAGCUGAUAGAAGUGGCGUCAAAAGACCCGGAAGACCUGAUACUGGUUAGUCUAGUGCUGAUGUCGUUUUACAGCCCCUACAAAGUGCUGAGGCACUACACAGAGCACAUGUUCGACAGAGAAGUCACAGUGAACUCGAAGCUGAAGAUGAUGCUGUGCAUACAGUACACGCUGAUGGGAUACCUGGAACAAAUGGACGGAGAAGAACUGAUGAAAAAAGUGCUGGAAAGAGGAAUGAGAUUUAAAGUAGAAAGCGAAGAGAGAAUUGAAAGACUGGAAACGAUAAGAGAAAGAAAGACUGAAGAAGAAAUGGAGUUGAAACUGAGAGAAGGAACAAUGAAGAUGGUGAAAUAUAAGGAAACGAAGAAGAAAGCAGGCGAAGAUGAAGAAAUGGAAGAGGAAACGAGUGAAUCGAAGGAAUCGAAGGAAAUAAAGAAGAAACAGUGGAGACCGUCAAAAAUAAUGAAGCAAAAGUAUUUGGAAACGAUGAUGAAACUCCUGCUCAACUCUCUGCGAAUAUAUAAGAAAAUAAGAGAAGAAGAAGAGGAUACAACGGACGAAGAAGUGGCAGCAACAAUAGUGCAGACAAUAGGAAUACUGAUCAAGAUGAACGAGAAGGAGGUGGAAAAUGCGGAGGAAAUAGAAGAAAUGGUGGAAUAUUUCAGCCAAAUAGAAGGAGAUUUGAAGUUCAAGGACUCAGUAAAGUUAGUAGAACAGGCACUGAAAACCCGCCAGAUUGAGCAAAUACGAAUCAUGAAAUAA